GCAAAUAAGGGUAUUUACCCCCGUCUAUUACGUAUAGCAUUUGACUUCUACUCUAUACCCUUCAUAGUAGAUGACUGUAAGCGCUCUUUCAGUAGUGCCAAAUUAACCUUAUCAAGUCAGAGGCACUGCUUAGUAGCUGACUCUAUUAAUAUUAUCGAGACUAUAAAGUUCUAG